CUAUAUAGCCAUUCAUGGUAGAAGAGUUGUAGAGGCUUCAGGAGAGUUGAAUUGGCAAGAUGUUUAAAAAAUUAAAAACUGUAUUUUCUAGAGUAAAAUUAUCACCUGAGGAAGUCGAUUGCAAGAAUGAAGGUGUCCCUCCACCACCCAAGGCAUCUACAGACCAGGGUGAAAAUGGUAAAGCAGAUGAACCACAGAAAGCGGAGGGCAAUAAGAAAGUAGAACCUGUAGCAAAGCAACAAGAUACAGUACCAGAAAAAGCACCUGAACCUUCAAAAACUGAAAAAUCAACUGAACCAGCUCAGACAACUCAACAGGAACCACGUCAGCUCAAUGAUGGGAAAGAAGACACUAACACACAGAAGCCAACACCUUCAGGUUUCCAAACAAAUGAGUAUGCUGAUGCCCAACUUCAAGAGAUUGUCAAAAAAAUGCGGGAAAGGGCAAAUGUCUAUAAGGAAAAGCUGAAAGAUCCAGUGCUGUCCUCCCCUGAAGGCAGUCCUACAGCUUCACCAUCAAAGAAGAAGCCUCCACCCCCACCAAAAGAAGAAAAAAAAGAAGAAAAGAAAGAGGAUGCAGAAGUAAAGCCAGAGGAGGAUCAUUACUGCGAUAUGCUGUGCUGUAAAUUCAAAAAACCUCCACUGAAAAAAUACAAGGAGUAUCUGCAGCUACCAGAAAGCAUAGACUCAUACACAGAUCGCCGUUACGUAGCAUGGCUUAUGCUUGUGACAAUCGCCUACAAUUGGAAUUGCUGGUUUAUUCCACUUCGCUUUGUGUUCCCAUAUCAAACCCCAAGUAAUACAAUAUAUUGGUUUACCAUAGACAUCAUUUGUGAUAUCUGCUACCUGUGUGACUUACUGAUUUUCCAGCCUCGAGUGCAAUUUGUAAAAGGUGGAGAUAUAAUAUCAGACAAAGUGGAAAUGAAGAAAUUCUACCACAGCUCUGUGAAGUUUCGGCUUGAUGUGAUAUCAGUACUGCCGUUUGAAGUUUUAUACUUCUUCUUCGGAUUUAACCCAGCACUUAGAGUAAAUAGGAUGCUAAAGCAUAACACAUUCUUUGAGUUCAAUGAUCGUUUGGAAGCUAUUAUGGACAAAGCAUACAUCUACAGGGUCAUUCGAACAACUGGAUACUUGCUGUUUAUCUUGCACAUUAAUGCAUGCCUGUAUUAUUGGGCUUCAGACUAUGAAGGAAUUGGCAGCACUAGAUGGGUGUACAAUGGCAAAGGAAACAUGUAUCUGAGGUGUUACUACUGGGCGGUUCGUACUUUGAUCACCAUCGGUGGCCUUCCAGAACCACAAACUCUCUUUGAGAUAAUUUUUCAACUGCUGAAUUUUUUCUUGGGUGUCUUUGUCUUCUCCAGCUUAAUUGGUCAGAUGAGAGAUGUAAUUGGAGCAGCUACAGCAGGACAGAACUACUACCGUUCCUGUAUGGACAACACUGUCUCCUAUAUGAACACUUAUUCUAUUCCAAAACUGGUCCAAAAUCGUGUUCGAACCUGGUACGAAUACACAUGGGACUCUCAGGGAAUGCUGGAUGAAUCAGAAUUACUGGAGCAGAUGCCAGCCAAAAUGCAACUAGCCAUUGCAAUUGAUGUGAACUUUGCCAUCGUCAAUAAAGUUGACUUAUUCAAAGGAUGUGAUACACAGAUGAUAUAUGACAUGCUGUUAAGGUUGAAAUCCAUUGUGUAUUUACCUGGUGACUUUGUCUGCAAGAAGGGAGAGAUUGGCAGAGAGAUGUAUAUCAUCAAACAGGGUGAAGUUCAAGUCCUUGGAGGCCCUGAUGGUAAAAAAGUCCUGGUUACACUAAGAGCGGGAGCUGUAUUUGGGGAGAUCAGCCUAUUAGCUGCCGGUGGAGGAAAUCGAAGGACUGCUGACGUGGUGGCUCAUGGUUUUGCCAACCUUUUCAUUCUGGACAAGAAAACACUCAAUGAAAUCCUGGUGCACUAUCCUGACUCAGAAAAACUGCUCAUGAAGAAAGCGAAGGUGCUGCUGAAACAGAAGGGGAAACCUGCUCCAGGACCAGCAGUGCAACAACCACAGGGCUUGGCCGGUCUCUUUGGGCAGAAACCAGAAACUCCAAAAUUGUUUAAAGCGAUGCUGGGAGGAAAAGGAAAAGAAGGCCUUGCUAAGCUGCUGCAGCUGAAGAGACAAGACGACAUUCAGGAAACUCAAGCUAAAGCAAAUAAGCCUGAACAAGAGGAGAAGAAACCUGUGGAGCCCGUGGCCUCAUCUGCACCCCCUGCACAAAAGGAAGAGGCGAAUGCAGAAGCUAAGCCUCAACCUGCAGCUAUGCGCAGAGAAAACAGUAAGGAGUCUCUGAUCAUUAGUAUGUCUCCAUCCCCCAGAACAGAAGAAGGAGAGAUCCUUAAAGUUGAAGUUAAGGAGAAAAAAAAAUAAAUAGACAGUGCUUUGGGCUGUGGCCCCAUCUAUUGUCUUGCUGAAUUCAGAGGGCAAGCGUGACUUCACUUUUGUGUACAGAAGAGGAAAAAAAAGUAGAGACUACCCACAAGAAAAACCCACCCCAGCUUGUCGUCUUCUCUCCCUCCUCUCCUGACACAACGGGGAAAAUUAUUUAUAUACUUACCUCUUACCCUUGAGCCUGAAGAGAGAACUGUUGGUGCAAUAGGAACUAGAGCUGCAACUGCAUUUCAGGACCACUCGCUUCUUGUCUGGUCAAUGCUCUCCCUCGUGUCUUACUCUGUCUUGUUCCUGCUUCUCUUCUUUCCUCUGCUGUUUAUCUUUGCUUUGUUACUGCUGUUCCUUUUGCUCAGCUUGCUCUUGCUAUUCAUAUGUGUUCUUUUCUAUCUUUUUUUCUGGUUUCCCAUAGUUAUUCUUUUUCUUCUUACUGCCUUAUUGUUGCUGAGGGUACUUACGUUUCUCUCGAUCCUUCUCUCUCCUCCCCUUAUACUUUUAAUCAGUGACGUGUUUUUGUGAUCAGUGUGGCUCAGUGCAGAAAGCUGCGAUACUGUGGCUGUGUGUUGGGAUGUUUUAGCUUGGGACAGGGGGCUACAAUAAAAACAUUGUCAAAAAAUAAAAUCACAAAAUCCACAAGGGGGAAGCAGAUUGCAGAAUUAUUGUCAGUCCUCUGAAAGCAUGAGCGUCUGCUCCAGCUGUUCUUCGCUCUGGUGAAUAAACAUGGCAAAGACUUAGAUAUCAUCUUUAACUCUGGGCUGCUGAUUUAAAUGCUUGAUCUUCUCAAGGGUUGGGCAUUAAUAAUGCUGUCUGAAGAGCACGCACUUGACACUAGCUAACUUUUUGAAGAAUUUUGGUAUCUAAACUGGCCACUUCAAAAAUAAGGGCUAUUUUACAAAAAGCAGGAGUUACACUGGCUCUGUGGUACAUAGAUCCAACCAAUGCUCCAGUUGUUCACCUCCAUCACAGACCUCGACUGAUGGUGCAAAGCAAACCCUGUGCCUUACUGGAGCUGAGCUACAUACCACCUGUGAAGUAAAUCCUUUAUGAAUGCCACAGGUGAGAGUGAUACAGCUUCCUAAUGAGGAGCUCCCACACCAUCAGCCUUCAACAUUGGCUCAUCACAGAAAGGCAUGCAAUGUUAAACAAAAGGCUGAAGCUGUGCUUGAAGAUUAAUUCUCAAUUACCUUUCUCUCUUCUGUGGCUUUGCAUCUCCUCUCUCUCCCUAUCCACCUGCAGUCCCCAGUGGAUGAACAGUUUUGGGAGCUAAAAUGAUUAUGCAAAGGCCAAGCCAAGAAAGCGUAAGGGCAGGCUUCCUCAGCUGACCAGCCAACCAAGGAAGGCACCAUGCCAAAACUAAACAUUCACUUUAUAGGCUAUAUACGAUCCUGCAGGCUAUGCAUUCUUUAAAGACUUUGAACUUCUCUAAUCAUAGGCAAAACUGGCAGCCUAGGCAGAAUCAGUGGGAACCUUGCCCAAGUAAAAGCUGGAUGACUGAAUUCCUUAUGCUGUAUAUUCCACACAUCCUCAGACAUGACCAAAAGCCAAAUCUCUUUUAAAAAGAAAGUUAUGUCACAUUAGCAGUGAGGUCAAGGUUCAAGUGCUACAUGGGUAGGACCACCUUUACAUGUAUGUCACUUGGUAGGUAAAAAAAAAAAAAGUCACAUCAGAGGUAGAAAAUUAUAAGAUGCAUCAUAAAGAAUUAUUCAUCUCAGGCACAUCCAGGAAUGCCUCAAUGCAAUCUCAAAACUAGAAAUAUUGCAGAACUGCUUAAAAAAUGAGAUCUUCUAUGAAUAAUAAUGAUCUAUGAAUUCAUUACAAUAUAUGGUUUUCAUCCUUUUUUUGAGUUGUCAAAACACUAUGGAAGGGAGGAAAAAAGAACCACAUAAACUCCCAUAUUUUAACAUUUUUAUAUUACCGAGUAAAGCACGCUCUCAUUGCAGAAGAUCUGACCCCUCUUCUGCCUACACAAAUGCUACGAGGUAACUGCAAACAUUUUCAUUGUUGGGAUAUUUAAGGUAAUCCAUCACACACUGACGUAUAUCACAAAGUAAGGGCUGAGACUGCAGCAGCAAGUGUUACACGGCAGCAACAGAGCAUCCCAUGAGUUGCUGCUUUGCUACAGCUCUUAACAGCUCAGGAUUGCAGGAAAGCCUGCCAGUUCUGUCUUCAGUAUUACCGAGUUCUGCACAGCUCUCAAGUUCCUUAGACCCAAAUGAAAGACAAGUGUCAAUGUUUGCAGAAGAUCAUGGCCUCACAGAAGCAACAUCCAUCAGGUUUACUCUGGCAUUCUACUUUUCUCUUGUUGGAAUAUUUCCCCCUUCCUCAAAUUCCUCCAUUUUUAGAGGUGGGCAGGAAGGGUCCAGGAAUCCAGGUUGCAACUAUUUAUAGGGUUUUCAUCAGAAGGAAUGACACAAGAAAGGUCAAGAUCUAAGAUGUAUUAAAUCCCUUCACGAACUAAUUCUACUCUGUGGAUUCUUGACUGGUGGAGAAGUGAAUUACUCUAGUGCACUCAGAUGAUGCAACUUCCAGUCUCAAAGUUCACUCAGGUUCUGUAUGGUAUUACGCUCCACUGCAACACUGUCUCUAGUAUAUCUGAGUUUCUCAAUAAAGCAUUACAGACUUGACUACACUUAAAUGUAAAGGAACUGAACAGUGGAGUAGGACAGUGUCUUUGAAAACUAAAAAUAACCACAUCUCAAUGCCUCUUUACUUAAAAUGUAGAUGCUAUUUAAAAAAAAAAAGUUUUGGAAAAUCUGAUAUGAGAGAACUCUAACACGGCAAUGAACAUGAAACCGUCACUGCUAAAACCACGCUAUUUCAGAAUAUCUUCUUGCUAAAAGCCAGUAUGAGAUGCCUUAUGAAAUAUACACUGCACAUUCAUAACCACCGAGU